UAGUAUGAUGAUGAAAAGCCUCAUCGCAUCAUCACGACGCCCUCUCACUCUCAUCGAGAAACAAUUCAGAGAGUGAACGGGGAGAAUGGCCGCUGCUACCACCGGAGCCACGUCCACCUUCUUGGGCACCCGCCUGCACAACGUCCACAACGCCAACGGCGGCAGGUUCCAGGCAAGGUUCGGGUUCGGUGGCGGGAAGAAGACGGUGAAGAAGUCGUCGCCCAAAAGGGUGGUGUCGGACAGGCCCCUCUGGUUCCCUGGAGCCAAGGCCCCCGAAUGGCUGGACGGCACUCUUGUCGGCGACUACGGCUUCGAUCCCUUCGGCCUGGGCAAGCCUGCCGAGUACCUGCAGUUCGAGCUCGACUCCCUGGACCAGAACCUGGCCAAGAACCCAGCGGGUGACAUCAUCGGCACCAGGUUCGAGAGCUCGGACGUCAAGUCCACCCCCUUCCAGCCCUACAGCGAGGUCUUCGGACUCCAGCGCUUCAGGGAGUGCGAGCUCAUCCAUGGCCGCUGGGCCAUGCUCGCCACCCUCGGGGCCCUCGCCGUCGAGGCCCUCACCGGCGUCACCUGGCAGGACGCUGGCAAGGUGGAAUUGGUUGAAGGAUCGUCCUACCUGGGGCUCCCACUUCCAUUCUCCAUUUCCACGUUGAUAUGGAUCGAGGUGUUGGUGAUCGGAUACAUUGAGUUCCAGAGGAACGGGGAGCUGGACCCGGAGAAGAGGAUAUACCCUGGCGGCCCCUUCGACCCACUGGGGCUGGCGUCCGACCCGGAGAAGAAGAGCCAGCUGCAGCUGGCGGAGAUCAAGCACGCCCGGCUAGCAAUGAUCGGGUUCCUGGGCUUCGCCGUCCAGGCAGCUGCCACCGGCAAGGGCCCUCUCAACAACUGGGCCACCCACUUGAGCGAUCCUCUCCACACCACCAUCUUCGACACCUUUUCCUCUUCUUCCUAGACGCCCUUCGUUUCCCCCGAGUUGAACUUGUACGUCUUAAUUGUGAUUGACUAAGAGCUGCGCGCGCAUGUAAUUAUUAAUGUUCAAAGAUGCACUCCUACUGCUGCUACUCUUCGUGCUGUAAAUUCCAUUCCCAGGAAGACAGGCUUGUGUUGCUUUUCACUUCA